UAUAUAUAUAUAUGCAUCUAUAUCUAUGUGCUUGUGUUCAAUUCUUGGUAAAUUGUUGAGAUAAAUUACAUUUUCUGCAAUUACUGAUCUGGGCAGAUGUCGGUUCACUGUAUAAUUCACAAUUAUGGAGAAAAAAUUUCAUCUUUUUUAUUAUUAUUAUUAUUAUUUUUUUGGGUUUCUAAAUAUGGGAUUUUGAUAGUGUUUGCUAAUGUUGAAUUUGACAGCUGGAUCAUCAAGUGUUUCCUUGGGUAAAACCGUUUUCAAUUACUUGAUUUUGCUUAUUUUGUUGUCUCUGAUAUUUUUCUGAGUCUUCUUCCAUUAGGAUGUUUCUGGUUCAUCGCCACAUUUUUUUUUUUUUUUGGAUAGCAAUAAUGUCCUUUUCAGUUUGCCUUUAAUAUAUCUGUUUCAUUGUAAUUAGUCUUAAUUUGCUGGCAUUAUUAGUCUAACCGACAAUCUUAGUGCUUGCAUAGUCUGAUCCUUCACGUUAUCGCUGCCUAGUUCCCCAACAGAUAUUGGAUAUAAGAUAGUUGAUUGUCAAUAUCUUUUCUUUGCAGUCUGUUGGUGAAGAAGGGUCUCGAUUUUGGAUAUUCAUCGAUGGCGGAUUUGGUAAUUGGGCCGAGAUUGUACAGUUGCUGUAAUUGCCGGAACCAUGUCGCCCUUCACGACGAUGUCAUCUCUAAAGCUUUUCAGGGAAGAAAUGGCAGAGCCUUUCUUUUCUCUCAUGCAAUGAACGUUAUGGUGGGGCCGAAAGAGGACAGGCACCUCAUGACUGGUCUCCACACUGUUGCUGAUGUCUACUGUUCUGACUGCCAUGAAGUUCUUGGUUGGAAGUAUGAACGAGCCUAUGAGGAAACGCAGAAGUACAAGGAAGGGAAGUUCAUACUUGAGAAGUCAAAAAUAGUCAAGGAAGACUGGUAGCACAAAUGGAGGUUCCUAGUUUAUCUAUCCAGUUGUCAGUGAAAGUGUAAGGAUGCUUCAAUGAGUUCAUCUCUUGUCCAGAAAAUUUCAUCAAUUGAAAAUAUCCAAAAUUUUAUUGUUUCUCAUUGUGCAUUCUUCUUGUGUAUUUUGUGUUGAUAUCAUAUUUGGGAUUGUUUGUUCUGUUCUGUUAAUAAAAUUGUGAAUUUCUUACA